AUGGAGUCUUCAGUCUCGUCGCUGGUCUCAUUCCAGUCGCAGGCCUCUCUGCAGAAAGGUGGCUGGGUGGUGCAGAAGUUUGGAGGUACCUCUGUUGGAAAGUUUUCCACCAAGAUCGCAGACGACAUAGUGAAGGUUUACAGCAAGCAGAAUAAAGUUGCGGUGGUUUGCUCGGCCCGUUCCUCGAACACCAAAAGCGAAGGAACCACCAGUCGUCUUUUGGCAUCUGCUGACCGCGCUACUGAUGGUACAGAUUUCGAAGAAAUUCUUUUGAAAGUCCUGGAGGAUCACAUUGAGAACGCUAAGGCUCUCAUACAAGACUCUGAAUUGAGGGAUCAGCUUAUAAGUGAUACGGAGUUUGAGGUGGACGAGGUGAGGAAACUUCUCAACGCAUCACAGGUAAUAGGCGAGAUCUCUCCGCGUACUUUGGACACCAUCAUGGCGUGCGGAGAGAAACUCAGUUGUCGCUUCAUGAGUGCUCUGCUCAAUGAUCGAGGCAUUUCAUCGCAAUACGUGGAUUUAAGCAACAUUAUCCCAGUUGGGUUCGAUACCUCCAACGGGUUCGAUGCCACAUUUUACAAGUUUCUGAGUGAUUCGUUUGCACAUGAGCUUUCCAGUCUCGAUGCUGGAACUGUUCCCGUUUUGACCGGAUACUUUGGAAUCGUUCCAGGUGGAUUGCUGAACGGUGUUGGAAGAGGUUACACUGAUUUGUGUGCGGCCCUGGUUGCCGUUGGGCUCCAGGCUGACGAAUUGCAGGUGUGGAAGGAGGUCGAUGGUAUCUUCACGGCUGACCCUAGAAAGGUCAAAACUGCUAGACUACUUCAAUCGGUGACCCCAGAUGAAGCUGCUGAGCUCACCUAUUACGGUUCCGAGGUUAUCCACCCGUUCACCAUGGAACAGGUGAUUAAAGCCAAGAUCCCCAUUCGCAUCAAGAAUGUCGAGAACCCUACCGGCCAAGGCACUAUUAUCUAUCCAGAAUAUGUUGGUAAGAAGGGAGAGGAAACUCCUCCGCAUCCUCCUACUUCUAUCGAAAAGCUACCCACGGCCAUCUUCACCAGACCCAAGAGUGCCACGGCCGUCACCACCAAGCACGACAUUGUCGUCAUCAACAUGCAUUCCAACAAAAAGACGCUUUCACAUGGUUUUCUGGCUACUAUUUUUGGUAUUCUGGACAAACACAAACUGGUGGUAGAUUUGAUUUCCACCUCGGAGGUGCACGUUUCUAUGGCCCUUCAUAACACCAACGAAUCAAGAAAGGAGCUCAAGAAGGCUGUUGAGGAGCUCGGAAAGUUUGGAGUUAUUGACGUGACUCACGACCUGGCUAUUGUCUCACUUGUUGGUGUUCACAUGAAGCAGUUGAUUGGUAUAGCUGGUAACAUGUUCAAGACGCUGGCAGACGAGAAGAUUAAUAUUGAAAUGAUCUCGCAGGGUGCCAACGAGAUUAACAUUUCAUGUGUGAUCAACGAAAAAGACUCAUUGAGGGCAUUGCAGGCUAUUCACGAUAAAAUCCUGGAUGCUCCUCUCAACAACGGUGCAAUUGACCAGAGAAUUGCCGAACUGAGACUGAACACUUGA